AUACAUUCAAAAUGCCAUCAGGCUCUUGCCUUGAAAAACGGAGGCAUCCCCGAUGUAAAAGUCGGCACUAAUGAAUGGCAUCUAACAAGUCAAAGUGAGACGGAGAGGGUAGGCCUUGUCUUGAGAGAUUUCUGCUCCUCUAGCAUAGGGAGCGUGAUGUCAGCGGUGGCAGUACUGUUGUAAUUGACUUGGUGGGGGUGAUGGCGUCAUUUUAUGCCCUGGUGUAGCCUCCUGCUCGAAUAACGAAGGGGAGACGGAUCUUUAGCCGACGCGACCGUGGCUCCCUUGGCCGGGAUCGAGCACCGCCGAGCCGGACACUACACGCCUGGAAACAUGGAGGCUGUGGCCGAGGAGCUGCGGGCCGGCUCUCGGGUACCUGUCACUAUCGAUCAAAUAGUUAACGAUACACUGGUGGUGACGCUGACCUACCGAGAAAGAAGCUAUACGGGGAUAUUACUUGAUUGCGACAAGAAGACUGGGCUAUUCUGUCUACCAGACAUCGCAGCAAAACCUGGGGACUGCCCGAUACCUACAAGGGCUUGUGAAGUCCCAGAAGUUCUUAGUGAGGAGCCGGUUUCCAAAUCUCCCAGCCAGUCUUCGUACAGACCAAAGGAUGAAAACACUCUCCCAGAAAUCAGCAUACCUACUGCCCCUCUUCCCUGCCCUGUACCCACACCAGUGCCAGCUGGACAGACUCUUUACCCUCCUUAUUUUGAAGGAGCCCCCUUCCCUCAGCCCUUAUGGGUGCGCCACAGCUACAGCCAAUGGGUACCUCAGCCCCCUCCGCGACCAAUCAAAAGAAAGAAGAGGCGGUCACGAGAGCCGGGCCGCAUGACCAUGAGUACUAUCCGUCUGCGGCCACGGCAGGUACUGUGCGAAAAGUGCAAGAACACACUGAAUAGUGACGAGGACAGCAAAGAUGGCAUGAGCAACACUAAGACUUCACGAAAAGAGAACGCACUACAGAGCGACGAUGAUGGCGACGAUAAGGACACCCCCUCUAAGCUGUCGAGAAAACUGGAUGUACUUGCAACCAAGGACACUAAGAGACGUGAAAACGGCACCAGCCUUGACAGCAAGCGCCUCAGGAAGGACAAAAAGGGGGAAGCCGAAGGGGAAAAGUUCCCCGGAGCUGUCGUUAUCCCCCACAGUCCUGUCAUAAAGAUCUCCUACAGCACUCCACAGGGCAAGGGGGAGGUCAUGAAGAUCCCUGCGAGAGUCCACGGUUCAGUCAAGCCAUUCUGCCCCAAACAACUGGUGCAGAACGGCGUGGGAGAAAAUGGCAAGACGCCUUCGGAUCCCACCAAGGAGCAACGGCACAUUUUAGAUGCCACCAGGUCUGGCCUCACCGUUUCCAUUCCCAAACUCAAACUAACUCGGCCUUUCACGACUGUGGGUCAGGACCUACCCUCUCCAAAGAUCCACUUGAGACCCCCUCGGAGGGAGGGCGAGGAGAGUGUGGUCGAGUAUGAGGCAGAACUCGUAGGAGGCACCAAGAGACGAAGCCCCAGGGUUCCCGGUCCCUGCCUGCCCCACUCUGAAGACUUGGGGGAAGGUAAAAACUCCCUGGAGCUGUGGUCGGGGAGUUCGGGAGAGGAGGCGGAGCGCGGCCACAGCGACCUCACCCUUCUCAUCAAUUUCCGUAAGCGCAAAGCGGAUUCUUCUAGCCUGUCGGUCUGCAGCAGCGACAGUCUCGAUGAGUCCAAGUCCUUCAGCUCCGACGGCACCUCACCAGAACUGUGCGAUCUGGCCCCAGGUGAAGACCUGUCCGUCACCUCAUCUUCUGUACCCUCGCAGGAAGACUGCAAGACAGUGCCGCCACUUACAGUGCGGCUUCACACGCGCAGCAUGACCAAGUGUGUGACAGAAGAGGGUCACGCCGUGGCGGUGGGCGACAUUGUGUGGGGGAAGAUUCACGGCUUCCCCUGGUGGCCAGCGCGCGUCCUCAGCAUCAGCGGCACCCGCAAACAGGAGACGGCCAGUUGCGAGGCCCAGUGGCCCCAGGCAAAGGUGGCGUGGUUCGGUUCGCCCACCACUUCCCAGCUCUCUGUUGCCAAACUGUCGCCCUUCAGGGAGCUCUUCAGGUCCCGCUUCAACCGCAAGAAGAAAGGGAUGUACCGGAGAGCCAUCCUGGAGGCAGCCAAGGCCGUGGGCCACAUGGGCCCAGAGAUUACAUCGCUGCUCUCCCACGGUGACACGUAGACUGAGGACUGAAGAGAGGUCUCCAAGGUUUUUCUGAAUUCCCAGACUGUGUCAUCAAGACCCAGGAGGGAGUAUGUGCGGUUGCCACGGCUACUAUUUAUGUGCCGUUUUUUUUUUUUUUUUU